AUGACAACUAAUCGGCUAGACCCCUCGACACUCAUUGAAGAAGAGACUCUUCGUGACUACAAGGCAGAACGAUUUCUCCCCGUCAGGACUGGCGAAGUGUUCAAGAGCCGAUACCAAUCCAUUGGCAAACUUGGGUACGGAUCAGCAUCAACUGUGUGGCUCUGCCGCGACCUUUUCGCAUCCAACAAAUAUGCCGCUUUCAAAAUCCUAUCACUGUCUUCUAAACAUGACGGUCGUCACCACAUCAGGAGACUCCUUGACUCUUUCGAAGUUGAAGGUCCUCAUGGCAGACAUAUUUGCCUUAUCCACGAACCACUUGGAAUCAGCCUCGCUGAGCGAAGAGAUCUCACAAGCGGCCGAGUAUUCGACGAAGACCUGAUACGGCAGAUCUUCCGUCCCAUAUUGGAGGGACUCGAUUUCUUGCAUAGGGAAGCUAAGGUGAUCCACACGGACCUUCAACCUAACAACGUGCUUAUAGGCAUUGAAGACAGCUCAGUCUUUGACAAGUUCGCGGAAAUGGCAAUCACAAACCCUGCGCCGAGGAAGGAGCUCUCGGAUCGUAUCGUCUAUGUCUCUCAGCCGAUGCCGUUGACAAAAGGACUUCCGUCCUUGACUGAUCUUAGCGAAGCUCGAUUUGGAAACUCUUUACACACUGGACUCAUCAUGCCAAACGUGUAUCGUGCGCCCGAAGUCAUCUUAGAGAUGGAGUGGAGUUAUCCCGUGGACAUCUGGAGCUUCGGAAUGACACUCUGGGAUCUUUUUCAACCCGAAAGGCUUUUCAGUGCCAAGCGCGGUGAUGAUCAGUACUCUGAAAGCCAUCAUCUUGCUCAAAUGGUGGCAAUUCUAGGUGAUCCCCCUCCUGAAUUUCUUGCGGCUUCUAAGAAGACCGCAAAAUACUGGGACCAGGACGGCAAGUGGAUACAUGAAGUGGCGAUACCGGCAAUAAGCCUCGAGAGCUGCGAACAACGUCUUUCGGGUGAAGAUAAGAAGAAUUUCCUGACAAUCAUGAGGAAAAUGCUUUCUUGGAAGCCUGAGGAUCGCAGCGGUUGGCAGGACAUUUUCUUCGACGAAUGGCUGCUCGCAGACUUGAUCGAAUCUGGUGAGAUAGUAAGAGAUGAAUGA